AUGAUGUAACUUUCAUUUCCAGAUCGGCAAGGGUCAUACACAUGAGUGCUGAGUUUAGUUACAAACCACUUUACGAAGCUGAAUCUUCUUUAUACAAUCACUUUGCUUUGUUGAAAUGAUGUUACGGACACUGUGUAGGACCGGCGGGGCCCUCCUGCAGCAAAGCCAGCGGACCGUGCCGAGGUUGUGGGUUACACCAGCCCAGCAGCGAUGGGCAUCCAGCCUGCCCAUGAACACCGUGGUCCUGUUUGUGCCCCAACAGGAAGCCUGGGUGGUGGAGAGAAUGGGCCGCUUCCACCGGAUCUUAGAGCCGGGUUUGAACUUCCUCAUACCCAUACUUGACCGAGUUCGGUAUGUGCAAAGUCUCAAAGAGAUUGUCAUUGACGUCCCAGAGCAGUCUGCUGUAUCUCUAGACAAUGUAACACUACAGAUUGAUGGCGUGCUUUACUUGAGGAUCCUUGACCCUUUUAAGGCCAGCUACGGUGUUGAGGAUCCAGAAUAUGCCGUCACACAGCUGGCGCAGACCACCAUGCGUUCAGAACUUGGCAAACUCACGCUGGACAAAGUGUUCAGGGAAAGGGAGUCCCUCAAUGCCAACAUGGUCCACUCCAUCAACCAAGCAUCAGACGAGUGGGGAAUCCGUUGCCUCCGUUACGAAAUCAAGGAUAUACAUGUUCCUCCUCGUGUCAAAGAGUCAAUGCAGAUGCAGGUGGAAGCCGAACGCAAGAAGAGAGCCACAGUGCUGGAGUCCGAAGGGUCGAGGGAGGCGGCCAUUAAUGUCGCUGAGGGUCGCAAACGAGCCCAGAUUCUGGCCUCGGAGGGUGAAAAGGCAGAGCAGAUCAAUAAAGCGGCUGGUGAGGCCCAGGCGGUCUUAGCCUUAGCAGAGGCAAAAGCUAAGGCUAUUCAAAUGCUGUCAGAGGCUCUGACUGAGCAGAAUGGAAGUGCAGCGGCCUCGCUAAGCGUGGCCGAACAGUACGUGUCUGCUUUCUCCAACCUCGCCAAAGAGUCAAACACCAUCCUCCUGCCCUCUAAUACUGGUGACAUUAGCGGAAUGGUCACGCAGGCUAUGGCCAUUUACGGCACGUUGGCAAAGACGAGCCCAAAUGUGGCACCAGGAGUGGUGGAGAAGAAGAGCGAAGAGCUUGUGAACCAAUAAGCACCAUCUCAAUAGCAAGAGGACUCAGUGAAUGAACUCAAAGCAGUAAAAUGACACAGAACCAGAAGAAGCAGAUGAUGUUUCAGUUAUCGGGGCUCCAAUGCAUCGCUGAGCAAAGUUCUCAUAACCUUCUACUAGCAGGACAGAAGGAACAACUUUACAAACUUCUGGGAUGUUUUGCCUUGGAGUCCUGGGAAAACCACCCCUUUUUGUAAGAGGAUUUUUAGUCUUCGCUGACCAUUGUUUAUGUCAUUAUUAUUAUUAUUAUUAUUGUCCGAUUGGGAAAUUAACGCCAGCCUUCAGCCAAAUAUUCGCAUACCAGCGACUCUGGCAGACAAACACAAGAGAAUUUGAUUUAUCAGCCAUUGUGGCAAGUUGAUGCAAAAAUAAGUUGUGUAUCAUUGCAUAAAUCCUAAUAGAAUUGGAUGCAAAGCUUUUGAAUUUGACUGCUCUACAUUGAGAUUUUAAGUGAAACAUCCAGUUUUUUUUACUUUUGCAAGGCUGGCCCAAAUAACUCUUGUCAGGUUUGGUGGUGGUGUAUUUACCUCUUAAGGCUUAUGGAAUAUUUUUGUUUAAUUACAUGGUUCUCUGUGAAGACAGCAACCGUGUCGUUUCAAUGACUUCACUGAUGCUUAAAGGUUUAUGAAAAAUAAUGCAAAAAUGAAAUUGGCACAUAUGUGUCAUUUGAAACUUUCACAGAGUAGUGACUUGAGUAGUUUUAUUACGUGGUGGCAUGGGAUGCCGUAAAGUACUUCUCUAAAUAUACAGUUAUGUUGGAACAAGAUGGGGUGGAACAACUCAUGAAAAACUACUGGACUUCAAAUGUAAAGUUUGUUAGACCUUGACUGUUGAUGAAGAAACAUUGGCAGUAUGAUUUGAAAAUGGAUAUUAAAGUUGACAUCCAUGUUUUGGGUCACUGUUUGUUUGGGUUCAGCCAUGUUACAUUACCAUAAAAUAAAAUAAAAGUUGGUUUACUA